CCAAGCCCCGCCCACCCCCUGCCAUCCCGCUUGCUAUAAAAGGGCCGCCGCCUCCUCCUGCGCCAGGAGUGGUCCAGGUUCGCCGGGUGUCUUUUGAAGUCGGCUUGAGUGAGAAAAUGUCUACCGGCAAUGUCCAGAUUGGGAAGUCAGUUCCAGACUUUCAGGCCACAGCAGUGGUAGAUGGAGCCAUCAAGGAAUUAAAAAUGUCAGACUACAAAGGAAAAUAUGUAGUACUUUUUUUCUAUCCGUUGGACUUCACCUUUGUGUGCCCUACGGAGAUCAUAGCUUUUAGCGACCGAGUUGAGGAGUUCCGCAAGAUCAACUGCGAGGUUAUUGCUGCCUCUGUUGACUCUCAGUUCACCCACUUGGCCUGGAUUAAUACCCCAAGAAAGGAUGGUGGGUUGGGUUCCACAAACAUCCCACUUGUGUCUGAUGUCAGCCACAACAUCUGCAAGAACUUCGGUGUGCUGAAGGAGGAUGAGGGCAUUGCAUACAGAGGCCUGUUCAUAAUUGAUGCUAAAGGCAUUGUUCGGCAGAUCACCAUCAAUGACCUCCCUGUGGGACGUUCUGUGGAUGAGGCGUUGCGCCUGGUACAAGCCUUCCAGUUCACAGACCAGCAUGGUGAAGUGUGCCCAGCUGGCUGGCAACCAGGUGGUGAUACCAUCAAGCCCACCGUGAAAGACAGCAAGAUGUUCUUUGCCAAGCAGCAGUAGAGUGCUUUGUAUUGUGCUACUGAAGGAAUCUGGUCCAAUGUGAAGGGAUUAUUCACAUAGAAUCUUCCCCAUAUAGUUCUCUAGAAGAAAGAUCACUCCGGAAGACCUGGGCUGCAAAAGUCUUGAACACUGUAGAACUCGCUCAAAUGUAGGUUUGAGCAGGGCACCUGUUUGAUUGCGUUUCAAUAAAAGUGGAGAUUGAAAUAAA